UUCUCGUUGAAAAUAAGUUUCCUUUCCAGACCUAAGAUCUUAAUAUGUGAUCAAUUAGCACCCAGGUAAAAUUAAGUUAAUUUUUAGGGACAGAACUUGGUAAAAAGUAAUUAUGCUGGCUCCCGGUGGAGUUAAAUUACAUAUACUACUAAUAUUUGGAAAACGUCUGACAUAUGAAGAUGAUAUUUAUCUAGAGGUUAAUUACAAUUUUUUUGAUUUAUUUUUUCAUUGAUGGUCAUGAGACUGACUGACCGUAUUUUUCCUGUAAUUUAUAUGUGAUCGAUCAUCCAUCUACCUUCUCAGUCAAUUGAGCUCCUCCAUAUUUGUCCUGACGUGGGCGCUGGGUAAAAGCUUGCCUUUGCCACUUUAUAUGUGAUCGAUCAUCUUCUGACGCUGACGAAAUCUAAUGAACGUACGCGUUCAAGCUGCGAUUUUGGUUUGGAUUUUGAAGGAUAAGAUCGAUGGAGAUGAAGGCGAUCAAUAGCAGCAUGACCACAAGCAUCAGCACGACCAGGGGAGUAGGAGGAGGAGCAGCAACAGCAGCAGCCGCCGGAAUCACAUAUUGGCUUGCGGAGCACCCGGUGAUCGUCGGAUUCCGGUGGAGCCACGCCCACUCCUUCGGGUCCACCUGGUCCUUCCUCGUAGAGUUCCUAAUCCUUAACGCCCUCGCCGCCGCCUCCCUCAACCUCCUCCUCCGCCUCCUUCGCAUCCACCAACCCCUCCCUCUCGGCCCUCUUCUCGCCGUCCACUCCUUCGCCAUGUCCCUUUCCUCCGCAGCCAUCUUUCUCGGCAUGCUCCUCUCCGUCGCCGCCGAGAUCCGCGACACCCGCUGGUCCUGGGGCGGCCGCUCCGCCACCACCCCGCUCCGCUGGCUCCUCUGCUUCCCGCCAGGCACCCGCCCCUCUGGCCGCGUCUUCUUCUGGUCCUACGCCUUCUACCUCUCCCGGUUCCUCCAUCUCCUCCGCACCUUCCUCCACAUCCUCCGCCGUCGCCGCCGCACCCUCGCCGGCGUCUUUCGCCACUCCGCCCGCCUCUGCAUGUCCUUCCUCUGGCUGGAGUUCUCGCAGUCGUUUCAAGUCGUCGUCAUACUCUGCUCCACUCUGGCGCAGGCCGUCGUCUUCGGCCACCGGUUCUGGGUCGGCGUCGGGCUGCCGGCGGCCUCCCGGAGCGGACCGUUACUGAUGCUGGCCUUCCAGGCGACGCUCACCGGCUGCAACCUCGUCUGCGACCUCGCCGUGCUCCUCCUCCACUUCGCUAAGGGCGGCGGGUGCAACGGCAUCGGCGCGUGGGUCUUCAACUCCAUCCUCAACGCUGUUCUCCUCCUCCUCUUCGUCGACAAGACGACAGACGAGGUCUUGGAGGAAAACGGCGCCGCCCGCCAUAAGAAGCAAUAUACUUGUCAAUAAUUUCCAUGAAAGCUCAAAAACAGGGAGCUCAAUUCCUUGAGUUAUUCUUCUGCAAAGUUGUUUAUAAUCUUUUCUUUUUCUACUUCAAUCUUCAAAGAAGAGCCCUUUUUUUCUCUCUUACAAA